CCUCAUAACUAUGCAGACUGCAACAGAAUGUCCUCCCUACAGUAUUUUGUUUCUGGGGUGAUUUUUGCCUCUUCUCUUUUGGGAGUUGGUUGCUCAAAUGGAUAUUACGAAUAUACGACUGGGUCAUGCCAUUUCAACCAAAAGAAUUUGAGUGAUAUGGAGUUUGUUUAUUCCUACUGGUUCAACAAGGCGCCAUACAUGCAGUUUAAUAGCACUGUUGGGAAGUUUGUGGGAUACACUGCACACGGAAAACAUAAUGCAGAGAGAUUUAACAAAAAUCCAGCUUUGUUGGCGCAUAUUAGGGAGCAGAAGAACGAAUACUGCAAGCACAAUAUUGCGGGUUUCACUAGCUACAUACUCUCAAAAACAGUCGAGCCAGAGGUGAGGCUGAAUCUGGUGAAGCCCUCCAGUGGUGGUCACCCUGCCAUGCUGAUGUGCAGUGCGUACGGCUUCUUCCCAAAGACCAUCUACAUGACAUGGUACAGAGAUGAGCAGGAGGUGACCAGUAAUGUGGUCUUCAGUGAGGAGCUGGCGGAUGGAGACUGGUACUACCAGAUGCACUCCCAUCUGCAGUUCACCCCCAAAGCUGGAGAGAAGAUCUCCUGUGUGGUGGAGCACGCCGGCCUGAAGAACCCCAAGGAGUUGGUCUGGGACUCCUCCAUGCCUGAAUCGGAGAGGAAUAUGAUUGCCAUCGGGGUAGCUGCUCUGGUGCUGGGCCUCGUCAUCGCUGCUGCUGGCUUCAUAUAUAACCCAUAUAUUUUUUGUUAUGCCAGAGCAUUACCUUUUGAAUCUGAAGAAGACCACACGGUCGAAAUGUAAUUCUGUGCUAAAGAGAAAAUAAAACUAAAAAGAAGGAUUUCAA